AAAAAUAAACUUAACACUAUCGAAACACCACCUUCGUAUCUAACCUUUGGCAUAAUUAAUACAAUUAAAGCUAAUGUUCAAAUAUCACAAUUGCAAUCGUCGCCUGUAGUUAUAUUAAGUUCAGGUCCAAUUCCAAGUCUGCAGGAAGUUUUUGAAGAGUUGGAUAAAAAUUAUAAUGGUAAUGGUAUUUAUUUAGGUUUAACGACAAGAUUUGAACAGGAGGAAAUAACUGUAAAUACUAUUAAGGACUUAAGUGAUUAA